AUGGCACACAAUAACCAAGAAUCUCUUGUGUGGCUUGUUACUGGAUGCUCAACUGGCAUUGGCAGGUCUAUUGUAGUUGAGGCCCUUGCAGCAGGUCACAGAGUCAUUGCUACCGGACGCAGUGCUAGUCGCUUGACCAGUCUGGAACAAAAAGGUGCCAAGGUUAUCGAGAUUGAUGUGAAUGCACCUGCACCUGAGAUCGAAGAAUUUGCACUAAAGGCACUGUCAAUUUACGGCCGAAUCGAUGUACUGGUAAAUAACGCAGGAUAUGUGCAACUGGGAACGAUUGAAGAAGCCGGCCACGAACAACUAUUGCAACAAUUCCAUACCAAUGUAUUUGCAGUUAUGAAUGUCACUCGAGCUUUUCUUCCAGCCAUGCGAAGUCAACGUUCCGGAACAAUAUUUAUGAUUGGCAGUGUAGCUGCAUUUCAGUUUCUUCCUGCUGCUGGGUUAUAUGAUGCGUCCAAGGCCGCUCUUCGCGGGUUGACUCAUUCAUUGAAUAGCGAAGUUAAGCACCUUGGUAUCAGGGUAUGCCAUGUGGAGCCAGGGUUUUUCCGUACAAAUAUAUUCUCUCGACUCGCAGAUCAAAACAGCACGCCACCAGUGUGCCGCACCAUUGGUGAUUAUGACGAGUCACGCGAGCCUACUGUGAAGCUUUUCACAAGCGUCAAUAAUGUUCAAAAAGGCAACCCUGACAAAUUAGCUAAAGUGUUGGUGGAUCUAGCCCAGGGAACUGGAGUGGCUGAUGGACGAAUGUUCCCUGAUGCGUUUGCAGCAGGCACCGGCUGUGUGGCAACACUGGAGGCUAAUUUCAAAGACAAUUUACGACGUAUAGAGGAAUGGAAGGUUAUCAGUGAAUCGACAGAUGGGAACUGA